UUGGGUAUAAAGAGAUCUAGCUGCUUAGGGUUAGCUAGUUAAUCCGUAGGAGCCGGAGAGCGCGGUACAGUUCUAGUCGGUGUGAAAUUAUUCUAAUAAUCAAAAUGAGGGAAAUCGUCCAUUUGCAGGCUGGCCAAUGUGGUAACCAAAUUGGAGCGAAGUUUUGGGAGGUGAUCAGCGACGAACAUGGCAUCGAUCCUACAGGGACAUACCACGGGGACAGCGACCUCCAGCUAGAGAGAAUUAACGUGUAUUACAAUGAAGCAACAGGUGGCAAAUAUGUUCCCCGUGCUGUGCUUGUGGACUUGGAACCUGGCACCAUGGACUCUGUGCGCUCCGGGCCCUUUGGACAGAUCUUCAGACCAGACAACUUUGUCUUUGGCCAGAGUGGUGCUGGAAACAACUGGGCCAAGGGCCACUACACUGAGGGGGCUGAGCUUGUGGACUCUGUGCUCGAUGUGGUGAGGAAGGAGGCAGAAAGCUGCGACUGCCUGCAGGGCUUCCAGCUCACCCACUCCCUGGGUGGGGGCACUGGCUCUGGCAUGGGCACCCUGCUCAUCAGCAAGAUCCGCGAGGAGUACCCCGACCGCAUCAUGAACACCUUCAGUGUUGUACCCUCUCCCAAGGUAUCAGACACGGUGGUGGAGCCCUACAAUGCCACCCUCUCCGUGCACCAAUUGGUGGAGAACACGGACGAGACGUACUGCAUCGACAACGAGGCGCUGUACGACAUCUGCUUCCGCACUCUGAAGCUGACUACGCCCACCUAUGGUGACCUCAACCACCUGGUGUCGGCCACCAUGAGCGGCGUCACCACCUGCCUGCGCUUCCCUGGACAGCUAAACGCCGACCUCCGCAAGCUGGCGGUCAACAUGGUGCCCUUCCCCCGCCUUCACUUCUUCAUGCCAGGCUUCGCCCCGCUCACCAGCCGCGGAAGCCAGCAGUACAGAGCUCUGACGGUUCCUGAGCUCACGCAGCAGAUGUUCGACGCCAAGAACAUGAUGGCAGCGUGUGACCCGCGCCAUGGUCGCUACUUGACCGUGGCAGCCAUCUUCCGCGGUCGCAUGUCCAUGAAGGAGGUGGACGAGCAGAUGCUUAAUGUGCAGAACAAGAACAGCAGCUACUUUGUUGAAUGGAUCCCCAACAACGUGAAGACCGCCGUUUGCGACAUCCCGCCACGCGGCCUCAAGAUGGCUGCCACCUUCAUCGGCAACAGCACAGCCAUCCAGGAGUUGUUCAAGCGCAUCUCUGAGCAGUUCACCGCCAUGUUCCGCCGAAAGGCUUUCCUCCACUGGUACACAGGUGAGGGUAUGGAUGAGAUGGAGUUCACGGAGGCGGAGAGCAACAUGAACGACCUGGUGUCUGAGUACCAGCAGUACCAGGAUGCCACCGCAGAGGAGGAAGGGGAGUUUGAGGAGGAGGAGGAAGAGGUGGCAUAGAGGGUCCUCCCUGUCUUCAUGUUCUGCUGGCCACUUUUCCCUCUCCCUUGUUUGGCACUGUUCAUUGAUGAUGGAUUUUAAACUACCUGACUCAAAUGUUUAACCCCAUCUUUUGGUUCAAUCUGAUGCAAUUUUCUUAUUUUAAACGACAGUCCUGCUUUUAUCGUUCUGCGUUCGACUCCUGACGUUUUUUUGUAUCUGCAUAGUUUUUAAUGCUUGUAUGCCUUGUUUAAUUGAUCAAACUUAAUUUUUUUCCUUUAAAUUAACUGGACAAAAGAUGUAGCACCAUGCCACUUUCAAAGUGUAUCUUAUGGACUAUUCUCCAAGUCUGUUUUGGUUGUAAAUGUUUGUAGAGGAGGUUUUGAACUGACUCGAGAUGCAGCCUUAUCUAUAAGGAUGUUACCCUUGUUAAAUAAACCGGUUAAAAUACUGA